GGGGUUUACCUAGCUAACCCAAAAUAGGCAAUUUCUUCCACAAUGCCAUCAUUCUAGGUAGGUAUCUGAACAUCCCGCGGGUCGUCUUUGUAGAUAUCCUAUACGGUACUCCCAGCCCUUCGACCUCGCGCAUUAUGGCCGCCGAAGCCGGUGAAGCAGUCAACCUCGACACCCUGAGCGUCCAGCAGCUCACCCAAGUCAAGAACCAGCUCGACCAAGAACUCGAGCACCUCACAUCGUCCUUCACCCAACUCCAGGCCGCGCAGGCCAAGUUUCGGGACUGUCUACGCUGUGUCCAAGGCGGCAAAUCACCAGCUCUUCAAGAGAACAAACCUGUGCUUGUACCGCUUACGAAUUCGCUUUAUGUCAGCGGAACACUCGCCAGCGCCUCCCAUGUUAUUGUUGAUGUUGGCACGGGGUUUUACGUUGAAAAGAGCAUAAAAUCGGCUGCUGAGUUUUACGAAAACAAAAUGACCGAAGUGGGAGGGAACAUCAAAGAGUUGGAGGGAAUCGUGCAGUCUAAGACGAAUAAUGUCCGCGUCAUUGAACAAGUAUUGAGGCAGAAAAUGGCUUCGAACCAGCAGCAGUAAACAACCACUGUUCAGAGGCCGUGGCUCAGCUGCCCUACCUAUGUGAGCGAGGACUACGAAUAUGCCGACAGUAAGGUAUACAUCAAUCACUUUGCCCUACGCCAAGUAUUCUUGUCCCGUACGAGGCAGGACUGGCGAGAUGAUCUACUCCUGCUGCCAAUUGGUCAUCCUGCGUCUUAAGUACCAGAGCCAUUGGCCAUACUAGGCUCAGUGGCGUUUUAACACAAUGAACACAUUACCGAGGCUCGAAUAAGAUUGCCCCUUAAUGGUCCACCAUGAUCGUUGCAGAUGGUAUUGGGUGGUGACUGAAAAUGCCAAAAUUCUUGAGGAUGAUUGUCACGUGUGUGACAAUAGAGUACUUCCUAUUUCACUUGGUUGAAAACGCCAAGUAGAGAGGUAUUAUAGCUAUCCUCCAUCUAGGCCCAUAGAAUCCUUUAAAUUCUAUACAGUAUACACAAAUGACCGUUAACCAAAAGCAAAGGGGAUGGGACUUUGAUCGUGGUCCUAGUUACUAUACAAAUACUCUACUCUGGUUUAACUCGGCGAUGGCGAAUUAUUGAAUACGAACGAGAUACCUACACGGUACUCUCAACUAUAUAAACCUAACCUGAAAUACCUUAGUAUCAUAUUUGGAAUUGCGAAGCCUCAUAUUGUUACAGUACACUACUCCCUACAUAGUACUUACUUA